AUGCACGAACUUCUGCGGAAGCAGACAACGUCACAGGUGUUGACAAAUUAUCUAGAACUCCGCACGGAAAAUAGACUUCUCGUGUCCGAUUUGGUUCGGUUGUUACCUCCCAGGUGCACAAUUGUUAUAUGCCCAAAUGGUGUUGUCGAGCCCGAUAUAUUUCUGGAUAGUAAAUUCUUCGAUCUAGAUGUGGUGAAGUUGGCUAGCGACCUUCGUAUCAGUGUAAAAAGCGGACUUACCGACGACCAACUGGUAAAGUUACAAGCAAAUGUCUUGCGAAUAAGCUCUGCAUACAUAACCAGUGGGGGUAUCAACCGCUUGAUAUUGGUGAGAUUCAUGUUUUGUGACACUCUCACAUGUUUCUGCUUGAAUUUAUGCUUUGACACAUUGCUCAAAAGCUUUAAAAAUCACCACAGAAUAGAUUUUAUAACUAGAACAGCCAUUUUUCGAUUUCUGCGGUUGGAAUCAAAGCAUGUUUAAUG